GACGGAGUUCAUGAAGGACCUCAUCAAGGAGACGGGCUUAUGCAAGUUCCACUUUGAGAAGGGUGCCUUGGGACACAUGUUAAGGAGACCUACUUGCUGCCUUAGCAAUUUGGGACUGGGAGUACAUGGGCUCAAGGACCAAAGGGCCUAUGUGGCAGCCGAUAUCAAGGAGUCGGACCAGUCUGUUUGGCCACAUGGUUUUCGGAUCACCUUAGCAGACGCGAUCCACGAGUGGAGAGGUGGUGAAAGAGCUGUUAUGGUGAAGAAAGCCAUGUCCCAGAAGGAGCUAGACGAGCGGAAGGCCCAUGUGGAACGUGGACACUGGCCUUACAGACGUGAUUGUUCGGUCUGUCUGCCGGCCUCUCGUACAGGAAGACCGGCGAGGAGGGUGGUUCACAGAGACGCCUACGUGAUGAGCCUGGACAUAGCAGGACCGUUUGCAGACAGAGGCAAAGAUGAGGUCAGAGGAAAGAAGUACCGUUUUGUGCUGGCGGCGACCUACCUUUACCCGAAGAUGCGGGACGUUCCGGAGGAUAUCCCCAUCCCGAACGAGGAGGAGGCGGAAGAUUUCCUGAGGGAGGAGGAAAAGGAGCCCGAAGCACUGGAGCCUCCUGAAGAUCCGGAGUGUGAGGCACAGGAGGAGGAAUGGAAAAAGAAGGUCGCGGAUCUAAAGCCGAUUGAGUUGCAGAUGCUUCGGUUUUGCGUUCCGUUGGAGAGGCACACUGGCAAGGAGAUCCUCGAGUGCAUCCAGGACUUGUACGUUCAGCUGAGGGCCAUGGGCUUGCCGUUGACGAGGAUCCAUAGUGACAGGGCUCGGGAAUUUCCGGUCAAGCCAGUGCGAAAAUGGUGUCGAGAACGAGAUAUCUACCAGACGUUCACAGAGGGGCUGGCGCCUACACAGAAUGCGGUGGCGGAGAGCCAUGUGAAGUGGCUAAAAGGACCGUUCGAUCCAAAGUGGGAGCGGGGCAAGUAUAUGGGACCAGCAGAUGAUGUUCGUGAGGGACAUGUGGUUCGUCUGGAUGAUGGUCUGUGGUUACGCACUUUGCAUAUGAGGACGGUGAGGGACGAUGAGAUGGAACUAGAGGAAGAAGAGCACAUCGUGGACCUCAUCGAACCUACAAGGCGUUUGCGAGGGAAGGUCAAGUUGAGUGAUCCUGAGCUGCGGGCCAUUCGAAAGCAAGAAAGAAGAGCUUUGGUGGCUGAGCUGCUGGAGUCCAAGAUUUGGGACUCGCCCCAGGAGGGGGAUGAGUUCAAGGGGAACUACUGUUCGAUGUGGGUGAAUGAGAGGGAAGUGCCGGGUCAAAAGAUGAGCGUGGAAGUGCCGACCAAGAUUCGCCCAGAUCGUCUGCAUGCCCCACUUCGUGGAGAAGACGGAGACCGGAUUGUGGUGAUAGGCUACACGGUGAGCAAGUGGGAGAAACUACGGCAGUUCCAGUGUGACGACUUAGAAGAGCUGGGCUUCGUUUUACCGGAACGCGAGCCAGUGGUGAAGAUGAUGAAUGCUGGUGGGAGGUCCACCAACUGGGACGACAGCAGUUCCGCUGACCGGAACCACAAACACAGUGAUGACUUCAGGCCGGCGUCAGAAGACCGAAUGGAUGUGAGCUCGGGAACCCCAGGAGGCGAGCGCUUGGACAGUACGGUGGUCCCCCGGGGCCGUGUGGAGCUUCGGUUGAAAUGGGCCAUUAAGUACGUCCCGGACCUCUCUACCCAAGGGGAGGAAGUCGUGAUGACAUCAACUCCUUUGUUGCCUUUGGUGCAUGAUGAGGAGGAGCGGAUGAGAAGCAGGGUGACCUGGUUGUCCGAGUUUGUGGAGGGAGAGCGGAAGAUCAAGGCAAGACAGGCUGAAAGAGGGGAAUAUGCUACACAGCGAGAACGACAGCUUUUCUACAAGCUUGAUGAUGCCAUCGACUACAUGAACGAGAUCCUCUGCUUGAGCCACCAGGCGAGGGAGCAGGCGUCCAUGAGCAUGAUGAAGUUGGUGCAAGAGACCCAGCCGACUCCUGAAGUCGAAGAGAUGUUACAAGGCCUGGUUGAGCCGAUUGACACUGUGCAUGGAGUUGAACUACAGGAAGUCAAGCGUCACUUGACAGAAUGGCAGGAGAGCAUUCAGAAGGAGAUCGAGGUCCUUGAAACGUCUGGCACGCUACGCCGAAUACCGCUGCUGGAAGCCAAACGCCUAGCAGAGGCUGGGGAGAUUGUCCUAGUACCGUCCAAAACGGUGCAUACAGUGAAACCCCCUUCCGGGGGAAGCAACAACCAGUUAUACAAGAGAAAAACCAGAAUGGUGAUAUGUGGCAAUCACGUCAGCAGCGAGGUCGAAGUCUACACCGCCGCGGCCAACGCGGAAUCAGUGCGAGUGGCAUUGUCAUUGGCUGCUCGACGGCGGUGGGCCGGAGCAGUGACAGACGUGAAUAGCGCUUUUACGCUAGCACCAAUGGAUGAAGCAGAGAUCAAGUACGGCAUCAAUGUACCGAAAGUCGUUGUGGAAGCUGGAGUGGUUCCACCAAACACGGCGUACUUGGUGGACAGGGUGUUCUACGGGUUGCGAGAGGCACCAAGGCUAUGGGGAAGCUUCAGAGACAAAAGGGUGCACGGGGCUCGAUUGCUUGUGGAGGGCCGGGAGUGCAUGUUCCUACAGAUGGAGACCGACAUUUAUAAGUGGCUCACUGAGGGCGUUGAGGGUGACAAAGGCUGGAAGUGUUCGCCGAUGGAGUGGAUUGGAAGGACACCCGUUCGCUACCUAGGCAUGGACAUUCGCCGGAAGAAUGCAGCCCUCACCACUUUCCAUGUGUCACAGGGCAGCUAUGUGGGCGAGCUUCUGAAGAGCUACCCAGCCGAGGCGGGCCGACCUUCACAGGUUCCCGCUACCAAGGACACAAUGCCGUUGCAGGACGACCUGGAUGAGGAGGAGGGAGUCGAGCAAGGAGAUCCGGACCCUGGACAGGUCAAACAGGCCCAACGCAUAGCAGGCGAACUGCUUUGGCUAGUGACUCGCACUAGACCGGAUAUUGGGUACGCGACGGCCCAUGUAUGUGGUGCAGCCUUGAAGAGUCCUGCAGCUGCACUUCGGCUAGGGAAAAUGGUGAUGAGGUAUUUGGCCGCCACGCCUACGUGGGGGUUGACCUACAAUGGAGUGGGAGAACCCGUGGAAGCUUUCUCCGACGCUAGCUUUGCUCCACAAGGUGAUCGAAGCUUUGGCUGCGUGACUACGACGACCUACGGUGGAUUCGCGGCAUGGCGAAUGACAAAGCAGCCUACAGUUGUAUUGUCAGCCGCUGAAGCAGAGUUGGUGGAGUUGGUGAAUGCCAGCCAGCAGGCUGCAGGACUACAAGCUUGGGUGGAGGAAGCGUCACCAGAGGACUCUGGCAAGCCGCUGAUCUUGCGGGUGGACAACACAGCAGCGUGUGGUCUGGCGGUCGCCGCACCUGGCUCGUGGAAGACACGGCACCUGAAGGUGAAGUACAAGCGGCGGACAUGGGAACGAAGCCUGUGCCUGCUGCAAGACUGGUGGACCUUCGAAGGCUGUGGGGAUGUGUUCUGCGGAGGACUUCGAGGCCGACGAGGAGGAGGUUAUUAUCCGGAGUCACGUGGCGGAGACUAUUAUGACAUGCUGAGGAUGAUGGCGUGGGUGAUGAUGGUCUCGAGAAUUCCUACAGCAGAGAGCACGGGGAUUUACAACAAGAAGCCACUGGACUAUGAUGGCAGUGUGGAGUUUUACGUCCUUGUGCUGAUCGGAGGCAUAGCUCUGCUUGCGGUGUGGGAGGCUUUGAAGUGGUUGGCCCAGAAGUGCUUCGGGGAGGACGAAACUACCGUAGCCAAGGCCAGGCGGCUCAUGAGGAUUCGCAAUCAGGCCACCAAGGCACUGCAGCAGGAGUUGGAGUCGAUGAGUGCAAGUUCUUCUGACCCUAUUGGGUUGGAGAAGCCGUUGGCAACCACGUCAAAGGAGAUGGAUCGGUCGGCCUCCGAGUUGCCUACAAGGCCCUUGAGCGCUACAAUGGGACCGACGACGGCAACUACAAGAGCUGAUGAUGAUCCAGAUUUAAGGGCGGCUUUGACAACGGCGAGGAGCGGGGACUUUCAGAGACUACGGACGAACUUUGUGAUGUCAGAGUAUGGCGACCGGUUGCAUGUGGUGCCGGACUGUCAUGGAUUGAGGCCGAGUGAUUCCGGAGGGCUGAAGUGCAUCGGAGGUGCAUUUGAUAGCGUGUCCGCCGUGCAUUUUGCCAUGGACCCGAGCGUGGAGUCAAGCCACAACGAUGCUCUACCGGAAGUAAGCCCAGCAGAUGUGCAUCAGCAGGGUAUGAGCCCAAAUACCGCAGGUGCAGCUGCCGCGAUUGAUGCGCACCCAAGUGCUGGAGACACCUUAGUGGUGGCUGGCGACCGGGGAGCAGAGCAAGAUGUGGCAGUAAGGACGAUGGCUGUGGCAGUGGCCACGGAUCAGAGCCCUGGAAAUUCGAUGUGGACAUCAGUGGAUGCUGGUUUUGCGGGGCGCGUCGUGGAGUGUGAUGGCUACAAGGCGAACGGCCCCGGCAUGGAUUCAGCGCUUGGGAGCUUUCUUUCAGGAGAUGAGGGGACAGCAACAGAAUCCCUGGCAGCCCUCACCGAUGGGGUCGCCACCACAAAGGACGAGCCGCGCCGCUGGAUCACCCAUCAGCUUCGCCGUAUGGAGCAGCGAGCACCUCAUUUGUACGGCCAAGCGAUUCGCGACAGGCAAGAGGGAAGCUCAGGAGGUAGCACCUAUGAGGCCGCGCAAGAGGAGGUGAAAAGGCAACUGCGGGGAGUGGUUGGCCAGCUGGAGGCGUCUCGGCGGGAAGCUCAGGAUCUACGCCAAGAGCUGGAGCCUUACAGCACCUACAGGUCCGCCCACGACGUUGGGUGGGCACUUAGCUUCGAGUAUGCCAACGGCGUCGGGCUUACAAGCAGCUUCGGAUAUGCCAACGAUGUCGGGCGUACAAGCUUCGGGUAUGCCAACGAUGUCGGGCGUACAAGCUUUGCGUAUGCCAACGGUGUCGGGCUGGCAAGCAGCCACGAGUACGCUAACGGUGCCUUCGGUGUCGGGCGUACAAGCAGCAGCCACGGGUAUGCCUUCGGUGUCGAGCGUACAAGCAACCACGAGUAUGCCUUCGGGAUCGGGCUUACCAGCAACCUCUGGGGCACCGACGAGGCCUGCGUAUGCAAAUCCAGGGGAGCAAGAGACCCGAGUGUUCACGUGACAACAGGAACGGGAGCCAGCAGCGGUGCCUUAGAUCCUAUGUCAAGGCUCUUGGAGGGCUUGGAGAAGGUGAUAAAGGGAGGAAAGCCAGAGGAGCUGAGCAAAGCUGCCGAGGCCCCAAAGUUGCCUGAGCUCUCGGACUCGUCGUCAGUGGACUUUGGGGAUUGGUUGUACCUGAUGGACCAUGUCAUGAGCGACCUUUCAGCCUCGAGCGCGGAGUGGUGGCGCAUCUUGUCUCAGGACGCCCAGGAGUUCUAUGAGAAGUACCAGGUUUUGGCUCGGCUCAUGGUGAUCUACCGUCCUGGGAGUGCCCAGGAGAAAGGUCAGCUGCUACGGAAGAUCGAGAGCCCGGACCCCUCGAACACGAGUCAUGAGGCGGUGGAGGGUCUAAGGUACCACCUCAAGGUCGACUUCAACCCGUCGGAGGAGUCUGUGUUGCUGGCAGAGUUCGAACAGCUGGGGUUCAGAAAGAAGGCGCGGACUACGCAGGACAGCAACGCGCAGGGACCCAAGGUGAGGGCGGUGGAUGCUGGGAAUGUGUCAAAUGCGGGACCUUCAAUGCCAACCUUGCCGACUACAAAUCCGAAGGGAGCAUCCAGACCCUGUCGGUUCUACACAACAGAUGAGGGAUGCCGGAGGGGGAAAGCUUGCAAGUACGAGCACACCAUGAAGGACCUCAGCAAGGCGGAGCGCCGGGAUCGAUGCUAUGAGUGCGGAGCUAAGGGUCACCAAGCGGCGGCCUGCCCAACGAAGAAGGAGGUGCAGCAGAAGGCGGUUACGGCAAGCGAUUCGCCGGCUUCGUUAACUGGUGGCACAGGUGGGCGAAAGGGAGCUGCAGCUACGAGGGGUCAGAGAGGAUCGGAGGUGGGAGAAGGAACUCAACAGACUACAACCUCUACUCCCACGACGACUUCUUCAAUGCCAGCCGAGGCCCCGGUGCAAGGUGUCCCGGUCGAGCAGCUCAUCGAGGACGCCCAGAAGUUGAUGAAGGCGUUUAUGGAGCAGAAGGCCACACCACACGUGCAAGUGUUCCGAGUGGAAGAGGCGAAGAGAGACUGUGGGUCUUCGCCAGCACUUCGGGAGUUUCUGCCGGAGAACCAGGAGCUGGUGAAUCUGAGUCGAAUGGGGCUCUUGGAUUCGGGAGCCACCCACCCACUCAGGGCCAGAACGACCAAGGACAGUCUGGGCACAAUGGACAAUGUCGAUGUGACGUUGGCGGGCGCUCGGCUACGAGUUCAGUUGGGAUCGUCAUGGAUGUCGGCUUCGUCACCCGGACAAGAAGGAGGCGAAGCUCACAGAGACGAUUCGAUGAGCUCGUUGGCGCAGCUGAAGGCCUCUGUGAUGGCGGCGAAAGAGUAUAAAGAGAAAGGUUGGAGGGACCAAGUGGGCGACUACAUGGUUUCUGGGAGCUACGAGGAUGGGUUGAAGGCUGUGAUGUGCGCGCCGUUCAUGCAUCAUGUGCCAAUGAGGGACCAGUUGCAAGUUGUGGUGCCCAUGCCUAAGGACGAGAACGAGGCAUGGCAGUGGAUGAAGAAGUUCCCCAUGAAUAGAGCCAAUCGGCGACGGCUAUGGCAAACCCAAGAUUGGACUCUUCAUCUGUUCGCGGGCGCAGGGGUGAAGAAUGAUCCUCUACGUGAUCUCCCUGGACUUGUCGAGGUGGACAUGAAAAGGGGUUGGGACCUCAACGAUGACAAGGUUUAUGGGGUACUGCUAUGGAUGGCAAAGCAGGGACGGGUGAAUCACGUCGUGGGUGGUCCACCAGCUGGGACGUUCUCACCGUGGCAUUACAAGGACGGGACCAACCAGAAGAGCAUAAUACCUCCAUCUGCGACACAAACCCCUCCAGCUGGCGUCCCUGGCGUCCCCGGCGUCCCUGGCGUCCCGUCCUGGGCGUCCCCAGCGUCCCUGGCGUCCCGGCGUCCUGGCGUCCAGUUCCCGGCGUCCCCAGCGUCCUUGGCGUCCCCGGCGUCCCUGCCUUCCAGUCCCGGCGUCCCCAGCGUCGCUGGCGUCCCCGGCGUCCCUGGCGUCCCUGGCGUCCUGCCCCCGGCGUCCCCGGCGUCCCUGGCGUCCCUGGCGUCCCUCGUGUCCCGC